AUGGUGUCGCUACUGGAGAUUUUCCUUUCUGCGAUACUAGGCGACCUAGCCACAAGAUCCAUAGAUUUCUUCGUCAGCAGGCGUCCCAAGCCUCCAGCACCGGAGGAUCGCCUCCAGAGCGUCCUGCUCCGGGCGCAGGUCAUCGUCGACGAGGCCAUGGGGCGGCGGCAAAUCACGAACCGAGCCAUGCUCCAGCAGCUGGACGCGCUGGUUGACGCCGUGCACCGAGGCCACUAUGCCCUCGACACCUUCAGAUGCCAAACGAGUUGUCUUCACCAAGAGGAGGCGUCAUCCAGCAAUGGACGGAUCAUCGUUGUUAGGGCCGGCGGCUCGCCGGACCUAGGAUCUCGCCGGCUCCGGCGAUGCCCGGAGCGCGGUCACCAGGAACUUUCAACCAGUAGAGAGAUUUCAGAAGAAAUGCAGGAGGUGCUUGACCGUCUGAGCGCCAUGAUCGUCGAUGCCCAUGAGCUAGUCCUGUUCUUGGCGAACGACAACAGUCGUGGCAUUGACCGCCAGCCUUACAGCAUGUAUCUCCUGCUGGGCAACUGCAUGUUUGGUCGCCAGAUUGAAGCACAGCUUGUCAUCGACUUCCUGUUGUAUGCACAACAUUCUGGUGCCGAAGAACCAGCGGUGCUGCCGAUCGUCGGUUCCUUCAGGGUCGGCAUGAGCACGCUAGUGGCCCAUGUCUGCAAGGAUGAAAGAGUCCGUGGUCAUUUCUCAGAAACCGUGUUCUUGAGCGACCAUGACUUUCAAUAUGAUGGGCUAGCAGCUUUCAGAGAAGGAUUAUGUGCAAUGAGACAGCAAGAUUGCGGCACGUCACAUUAUUCUUCCAACAAAGAUGGGGCGACAAGGAGAUUGCUUCUUGUUGUGGAGGUAGGUGGGGAUCUGGACGAAGAUGUGUGGAACAGGCUGUACUCUGCAUCUAAACAUUGGAUGCCCAGAGGUAGCAAGAUCAUACUUACAAGCCGUUCUGACAAGAUCGCAAAGCUUGGAACAACACAGGCUCUAAAUCUGAAGCCCCUGUCGCAUGAGGCCUACUGGUAUUUCUUCAGGACGCUCGCGUUCGGGAGCGCAGACCCCAUGUCACACCCAAGGCAGCUCACCAACCUGGCAAUGGAGAUUGCAGCGACGUUGAACGGGAGCAUGAUCAUCGCCAACGUAUCCGCCCGCAUGCUGAGGGACAGCUUCAGCGUCCAAUUCUGGAGGAAGGUUGCGACGUUCAUGAGGUCGCAGUUCCAGAGACAUGUGUCCAAGUUUGGUGAGCACCCAUACGACCUGCUGAACCAGAACAAACCAGUAUAUUUCGGGAGGAUAAACAGGAGGUUUGAGCAGGUGGUUGCUUACCAUCAGUAUCAUCGGCACUCUUCACAGCAGGAUCAUCAUCAGGUUCCCAAGAUCACUUUGCACGAUGUGACUUAUGGAGACGCAAAGCUUCCUGGGAGAUUUGAAGCCCUGGCAUGGAAGUCUCCCAUACCACCCUAUUAUAGCUAUGUCUAUGCUUGUGAGAUUCAGGAGCUGAAAUCUUCUACAGGAAACAAGAGGAAGCGAUCCGCAAAAUACGGCGGCGCACUUCCAUAG